AGUCACAACUCAAUCACACAAAACAAGUAGGUUGCUGUUAUUCUUUUUCUGUUUGUCCACAACUUCUUCUUAGUCAGGCUUUUUAAUACUGAACAUCACCCGUGUCACUCCCAAUAACAGCACGUGUUUAUUGUGGACUGAUUUGCUUUUUUCGGGGUUAAUUUUUGUGUGUUAUCCGAACAUUUCAUUACAGAAGGGAAUGCGGACAUGUCGCUUGUGUUUUUGAUGUUUUCCAUUGUCUUCUUCGGCUCAUCCUCUGGUAUACAAACUGAUGAGGUGUGCUAUGGCAGGAGGUGGCAGUUUCCAUCUAAUUAUACACCCUUACGUUAUACUGGACCGAUAUACUUUACUCAAAGUAAUGGAGGAUCCGUGAAAGUUGUUAUAAACAAUGGGAUGGCAAUAGACGGACGCUUCAGAGUCUCUCUUGGCGCAAUUUAUGUUACAAAUGUGACAGAAAGAGAUGAAGGAAUUUAUUCUGUCUCAUCUGGUGGCCAUCAGCGACACAGUGUUGUUGAACUGAAAGUCUUGGAAUGUGCCGAAAAGGUCACGAGGGAUUACUACUAUACGUGGGAGUACUCGAUCCCUAGACGGGCUGAAAUCCUGGAUUUUACUCCCCUUCACAGUCCGGACCAGCCAAAGAUCCUGUGGAAUCGCACAGACUCUCAGAUCAGAGAAAGCAGAGCUGAGGUGAGAAACGGUAAUUGGCAGCUGUCUUACCUCACUCAUGCAGACAGUGGCUACUACAACUUCAGGGAUAAGGACCACUCUGUGUUGGCCAGGGUGCUGCUCCAAGUACAAGAACAAACCAGACACUAUGAAACAAAGUGGAAUGAGUACCUCGUCAUUGAAUACCCUCGGGGUCCUAAGAAGUGGACCAUGACUUUUACACCUGAGGGGAAAAUGGAACCCAAAACACUGAUGGAUGGCAGUCUGAUCAUAAAAGAUAAUCAUUUUUCUGGCAGAAUCCGUGCAGUGAUAGAUGGCAUAGUAAUCGAUCCUGCCGAAAUUGGAGACUCUGGCACCUUUGAGUUCAGAGACCCAGAAGGCGACCUGAUCUUGAGUGCUCAGCUUGAAGUGAUCCCUGAAAUGUUGCCACAGAUUAUAUUUAUGGUUGUGACUGUCUUGAUUGUCAUCUUGGUGAUGGUCUGCUGUUGCUGUUGUUGUAAAAAGUGCUGUAAAAGGGACAAGUCUGCUCCUCAGACUGCAGCCUCACCUGCACCUGCUGUAUAUUAUCAUAAUGAGAAUGAACCUGCAUGCCCAAGCUACUCACAUCCUUCAGCUUUGUCUUAUCAGCCUGUGAAUUCUCAUGUUUCUACACAGCCUUCAGCUACCUCCUCUGAGCCACCGAUGUACCACAAAGUGAAUAUCCAUGAGAGCCCCGCUCAGCCUGAGGUUGCAGUACCUGGAAAGCAGGCUUCCACUCCAGCUCCCUCGGUCAGCCCAGACUUCCUCUUGUCAGACCCAGAGCCGCGAUUUGAACUGAAAGGAUUAGACAUGCCUUUUGCACCAUCUCUUACUUCAGACACAGCUAUCUGUGAUGUUUAUAACUCAGACAAACUAAACUUUCUGUAAAUAGCAUGCUGAAAAUUCAGGUAGAGUUCAUUCCAUUUUUUCCAUUUUCAUCUUUGCAAAGCUAUUGUCAUACAUGCACAGGAAAAAGGCCAUGCAGACAGAUGUUACUCGCACUGUGUUGAUACAUUAUCAGCUUUUUAUCUUUCACACCAAGAUGUACUGUUAUAAAAUGUAUGGAUUCCAAUGAUAUUUUUUCAGUUAACAAGAUUGCUUGUAAGUUUGUAAAGUCGUGUCUUGAAAACAGUUUGGUUCUGGGAAAGCUUUGAAUUUUUUUUUCUUCCUAAUUUAUCCUCAGGUACAAGAACAUAAAUCUCACUCAGUGUUGUCCUCAAAAUGCCCUGUUACAUCUAAAGCAGCUGAGGAAUCAGGGUUUUAUUAUAUUGUGGAAUAUAAAUGCAUAUGCUGUAAAUUAGAAUUGUUAUUUGCAUGUAGUGUCUACUUUGCUUCUCUCCACGGAGCUAAGGAUAUUUACUGAAUAACAGAUAAUGCAAUCCAGUAUAAUGGCAAAGCAUGUAAUACGCUUUGCCAUUGAUAUCGGACUAGAUAAUGUUGCUAGCUUUAGCUUGUAUGGGUAUUUUCUACCUCUGUCAUGUGCAUUCAGCUCCAUACAUCACUUGUUUGUGGCUUUUAUUGUUGCGUUUUGAGGGAUGUUGGGCAAUUUUUAAAAGUGGCUUUUUAUAUUGUUUAAUUCUCAAAUGCAAUACAAGUAUAACUGCGGUUCUGUAUAUCUUUAAACAGAAGCUUGUAUAAAAGUUUUAUCGGGCAUUGAAAAACAUGUUUUGUUUAUAUAAUAUAUGUAAAAUUCUGAUAGUUGUUUGCAUUGCAUGAAGAUGUCCGAAUAUGGAAUCAGUGUAAUGAUUUGAAAAAGACCUUAAAGAGCUUACAUGAAUUUUUAAACUGUC